AUGUCAAAGCUUAUUAAAAGGGAUCAAAUUGCUCAUAAUUUAGUUCAUUCAAGUCCAAUAAAAAAUCAAUAUCAAAGUGAUACUUUAUAUCCAAAUAACAAUGAAUCAUCUUCAUCGAUACACCCUUCUACAGCAGAUAAUAAUGAAAAUGAAAAUGGAAUAAUUGCGAUUUCCAAAUUAAAUAAUCCAUUUGUUGAUUCAACGAUAAAUUCUAACCUACCUUAUCUUCAGCAACAACAGCUGCUGAUUGAAAUUAUAAACGAAAAUUCAAUACCUCGAGUUUUACUGGAUUUUAAAUUUAGGCAUUCUACACCAUUAAAAUUCGAACAAGAUUUAAUAAUAACUUCUCCAAAUCAUCGGCGUAUUCUACAUCCAACACCUCCAUUAUCUAGAUCAAUAAAAUCGGAACAACAAGCUCCAUCAAUACGUUGUUCUCCAAGAAUAUCUCAACAACAACAAUUGGAAAUAAUUAAUAAAAAUUUAUCAAUGGAAUUGGUAGUAGAUAAAGAUUUUUUAACAUCAGAGUAUGAAAAUCAGGAUGAAGUAGCUAAAAGACAUGAAGUUUAUCGAAAUAUAUAUGAUACAUCUCCAAGUCAAAGUUCUAGAAUAUUAAAAUCACAUAUUUUACACAGUAGAUCAUCAUUAAUAAAUGAAAUGUCAAUUAAUAGUGCAAAUGAAAUUGAAGAUUCAAUGAGUCAAUUAGCUUUAAGAAAGCAACAAUUAUAUCAAAAUGCACCAAUAAAGCAAAGUCCCAUGGCUCUAAAAAGAAUGGCUGCUACACCAUCAACAAUUACUACAUCAUCAAUAGGAGGAAGAUCAGUAUCGUCAAGAAAUUCAAAUUCAUCAAUAUAUGAACUACCCAAUUUAAGUAAAAUUGAAAAACCAAAAUCAAAAGGAAGAGGUCGACCAAGAAUACAUUUUCCUGAUCCUUCAGUACCAAAAAUAAAAAAGAAACCAGGACCAAAACCAAAAGUUAAAGUUAAACCAGAGUUUGACUUUUUUGUUACUUUGAAAAUAUCCCCUGAACGUCUUACAGGUUUUGGAAGAAGAAAAAGAAGAAGACUCACAAAUAAAAAAGCUCCCACACCAGAAUCUUCAUCAAGCUCUUCACCAAUUGAAACAUCAUCAACAUCAUCAAAAGAAAGAGCAACACGUAAUAGUAAAAAGAAGAUAUUGAUUGAUCCACAUGAUCAUAAAAAGAAAUUAGGCGCAAGAUCAAAAACUGGUUGUUGGACUUGUAGAAUACGUCAUAAAGCAUGUCCAGAAGAAAAACCAAUUUGUAGUCAAUGUGAAAGAUUAGGAUUGAAAUGUGAUUAUUCAAAUGAAAGGCCACGGUAUAUGAGAGAUAAAAAUUUACAACAAGCAAAAUUAAAAGAAAUUAGAUCAAUUACCAAUCAAAGUAAACGGGUAAAUUUUAUCAAAAGACGAAAAGGAUCAGGAUUAUUAACAAAUGACGAAAGUUUAAAGUAUGAAAGCACUACUUCUGAUAGUAAUAAAAGUGUACCAAAGAAGAAAUCACGUAAAUGA